AUGAGUUAAAUUACAAAUCUAAGCUAGCAAGCAUCAUCCUAAAUUGGAAGUUCUUCACAAAACUUUCAAUUCUAAAAGAAUCUAAACAUGCUUUAAGUAAAAUUUGGGAAAUUAAUUUUUAGUAAAUGCAAACAUAAGUUGAGGAAAGUGGAGGGAAUUAUUAUCUAUAGCAAGAUUAGAUUAUUGGGGGUGGGAUUGAGAAAAAUGUAAAAUUAGUCCUAAAUUCUUAGAUUAUAAACGAAAGAAAACAAGAACAGGAAGGCACAAAGUUUGGUUGUUCCACUGAUUAAAAUAGCUAAUCUAAAAGAUCAAAUGGGAAUGUAUAUAGUGCUAUUAUAAUAUUAAAAUCAGAUUUAAUCAAUGAGAUAAGAUUCGGAAAUGGAGUACGAUAGUACCUAAGGAAGUGAAAUGCAGACCCAAAGUCAAUAGUAGCAACAUGCUUAAUCAUCCUCGGUAAUUCUUUGAUUCUUAAGGUAGAGCUCUUAAUAAACGAGCUAUCAAACCCAAACAAUAGUAACAAAAACGAUAACAACAUUGCAUCAAGUCUAGCAAUCCGGAGCUGAGGGAUAAGUAUAUAUCAUUCAAUACAAAUAGCCUGACGUUGCUGAAUAUGAAAUGAUGAAUGGUUAAGGUGGAAUGGAGGGGGAAUCCUACGAGGGUGCAUAUGGAGUAUUUAUAUAUAUUAAUCAAUAUUAUAGUUGUAUAAGUAUGGUGGUUACAAUCUAUAGGCUGAUCAUGCUAAACUUGGUGGAGGAUUGAUGUUAAAUAAAUAUAAUUUUUCUGAUGCUUCCUUAAAGGUUAUUAUAAAUUAAUUAGAAAUUAGGAAAAACAAUUUAAGAGUUCAGCUGGUAAAGUUUAGUUGGCAUGUGAAGCUGCAAUGGCUGCUGCCUUAAGAAGACAAGACGAAGCAGCAGCUGCAGCAGGAGGUAUGGCAAGUUGGGAAUUAUAACUGAAGGCCAUGGCAGAAUUAAAGGCCUAAUAUCAAUUAUCAGCCAAAAUUACAAUUAAAUAGAAAUCCUUUUUAAUGUAUGGUUUUGGGUUUAGAGGCAAAGAGGGAAAACCUUAAAAGUGUGAUGAUGAAGAUCUUUCAAAAAGGAAAUGUGAUGAUGAGGAAUUAAAUAAAUAAAAGUGUGAUGAUGAAGAAAUCAACAAAAACAAAUGUGAUGAUGUUGAAUAGGAGAAACCUAAAGAAGGUUUGAAUUUCGCUGUUUGCGAAGCUGAAUGUAUAGAAAAACCUAAGAAAAAACAACCAGAAGAUUUGACAAAUGCUCCAUGUGAUCCGGAUGAAUUCACAAAAAAAAAGAAACCUGAAGAACCAGAAGAGAAACCCUGUGAUCCAGAGGAAUUCACAAAAAAGAAGAAACCUUAAGAUCCAGAAGACCCAGAGGAAAAGCCUUGUGAUCCAGAAGAAUUCUUUAAAAAGAAAAAACCAUAAGGUCCAGAAGAGAGACCUUGUGAUGCAGAAGAAUUCACUAAAAAGAAGAAGCCUGAAAAUCCUGAAGAAAAACCAUGUGACCCAGAAGAAUUUACAAAAAAGAAGAAACCUUCUUCCGAAUAAUAGAUAUAUUUCCCAGUAGAUUUAAGUAAAAGCAAGAACACUCCUCGAAUUUAAUCCCCUGAUUGUUUUUUUAAACCUAGAAGUGAAGAUUUCAUUAGAUUAAUGCCAAGAAGUCCAUAAUAAAUAGUUUAUCCCGUUAGUUCUGUGUAAAGUAUUAUUUUGCCAAAAUUCGUAACUUGUGAACCUGUUCAAGUAUAUUUUCAUCUAAAUUUAAAUUUAGGUUGCAAAAUAACCAAUCAUAACAUAAUGUUUAAGUGCUAGACAACCACUUAUCAUCUAAGAAGAACCUGCACCUGUUAUUCUAUAAGGAGUAUAAUUUGGAACUCCAAAACCCUUGAGACCUAACGAAUCAUAUGUGGCUGUUUAACCUGUGUAAAAAUAACUGGUUGCAGCCCAACCCUAAGUUAUCUAAUAAUAAGCUGUUAUCUAACCUAUCAUUUAAUAAUAAGUUGUGUAAGUAUAAGAAAUGUAACCAUUAUAAUAAGUUAUCAUGGUCCAACCUACUCAAAAGGUUGAAACCUAUUCACAAAAACAUAUUUAAGUCCAAUAACCUCAUUUGAUUGGUCAACCUGUUUAAUUGGCAGCCUAAUAGCCACAGUAUACAACUACUUAGACAGUUUAAAUAAUGACUUAAUAACCAAAUUUAGUCGUUGCUUAACCUUAAUAAGUAACCUAAGUUGCCCAACCAAUAGUUGUUAUGUAGGGAAUCUAGUAAGAGAUAAUUUCUUCUCCAACCAUGCAAUAAUAAUAAAUAGUCACAAAUGCUAAAUUCAUAUAAUAAGAUGCAUUGUCACCCAUUAGAUAAAAACAAAUAGUCUAAUAACCUUAAGUAGUGUUGUAACCAACAUAAUAACAAUAAACAAUAUUAGUUCAAACCUAGCCAAUAUUAUAACAAAAUGUCCCAAUGCAAUAAUCUGUUUUACAAAUACAACCAUAAUAAACUAUUUAAUAAGUCUAAUAAUUCCCAUAAGUAAAUUAUCAACAUAAUUCGCUUUAGGUUACAUCCCCUUUGAGACAAUAAUCUGCUGUUUUAUAGCCUCAAUUACAAUACACAACCUAACCAGUUGAACUUUUGCAAUGCAGAUAAUCUCCAAUUGGUUAAAAAUAAUUCAAAUUUCAAGCAGCCCUUCAUAAAGUAUGA